AUGGAGUCGGCGGUACUGACAAAGGUGUCUGCAGAACGACCCUUGUUCCUUCGUGAUCCACGAAUACAAGGAUGGUGGUUAUCAGGAAACGUUCCUUUUCUGUGCACCCUCCUUCUAAGCUAUGUGUACUUCGUCAAAAGCGCGGGGCCACGCUACAUGAAGAACCGGAAGCCAUUGGACUCUAUCAAGCCUUUCAUCCUAGUCUACAAUCUGGCAAUGGUGCUGUCCAAUGUUUACUUCCUGAUCAACUUCUUGAAGAGGACAUACGUGGGAGGUGGUUACAGUUGGUUUUGUCAAGGCAUUGACUACUCUGCGAAGGACGACACGACGGUAGAAGUCUUGAAUCUCUGUUGGUGGUACCUCUGGGUGAGAGUGGCUGAUUUCUUGGACACAGUCUUCUUUGUGCUUCGCAAGAAAGAUUCACACGUGUCAUUCCUUCACGUGGCCCAUCAUUGUAUAGUCGUUUUCGAUGGGUGGUUCGGACUGGCAUGCGGUCCGGACGGACAAGUGAUCUUGAGCUUGUGUAUCAACAGUUUCAUUCAUGUUGUCAUGUACUCCUAUUACUUUCUGUCACUUCUGGGUCCCGCGGUACAGAAGCAUCUAUGGUGGAAGAAGUACCUAACCCAGAUGCAAAUUACGCAGUUUUUCGUGGUUAUGGUUCACACCGCGAUCCCACUGUUCAAAGACUGUGGGUAUCCACGCGUUCACGUUUAUCUUCUGGUGUCGCAAGGCGCAUUCUUUAUAGUGAUGUUCAUGAACUUUUAUUUGAAGUCCUACAAAAAGAGAGACGAGCGGCUGAAGAAAGCCCAGUAAAAUUGUACUAGGGAUCAGACAGCGCGGAAAGAAGGUAUUUUAUUGCACUUCGACGUUACAGGAAUCGACUCCGACCAACACCACAUUGAGAGAGAAAUCCUGCUCACUCGUCGACGUGACAUAACAACUGAGAGUCAGCCAAUCGGGAUAGUAUUUUCAACAGCGCUAGCCAAUCACGAACGCGCUUUCAGUGGCCGUAGGCAUGGAGGCGAACCACCGUCGUCUGCUAGUAAUGAUUGAAAGUCUCCGCGUACUAAAUGGAAAAAACUUUAAAACAAAGCGCAAAACGGUCCCGUACCUUUCUCCAGAAUGAUUUUCUAGAAAGCGUGUUUCACUUUUUGUCUACACAUUCAAGUCUACAUGUUCUAAGUUAGGUGCAAUUAUUUGCGCGUUCUUGAUUUCUCAAAACGGCGAUUCGCGGCAGUAGCUGCGGAAUUAGACUGUGUAUGUCCACGUUGCGAAGGAGGGAGAGAAGGUAAUAAGCAGGCCUUCUGUAUCGAGGUGGCGUUGCUCCGACUUAGACCGCUUGCAUGAACAUGACGUAUUUUGUUUGUGUUGGCACGCUGCUGUUUUUAGAUGGAGUCACGGCUCCCCCGCGCGACAAUGCUGUGAGAACUGGAAUUGGUCUACUCAAAUGCUCAACUCAAAAUCCUGUGAGUAUUGGACGAAUCGCUUGAAGAGACCAACUAGAGCCUUGCGCCUGUCGGCAUCCUUAGGAAGCAGAAAUAAAGCUUCCAUUACGGCUUUUCUUUUCUUUUUUUAUCGAUCAAAAAUCACGAACGACACAACCGACACAGCCCGUUCCUUUUGUGCUAGCAUCAAGAUAACGGCACAUUUAGUUCCGCAACCAGAAACUUUAGUGACAAGGAGUAGUUUAGGGUGUUGUUUAGGGUGCCAUUGUUUUCGAUGUAAUCCUACUCCAUCUCAUCCAUGCAGGCACUGUUGUAUACAUCCAUCCAUGGCAAACACCGUCUUGCUUUUAUCUGUACCGUGCAUUGCGUUUAUCGUACAUUCUGUCCCCAAUUGCGUUCGCAACAAUGCUGGCUGAUGGUGUUGACGAUUGCCAUAGAUCACCAUAGGAUGAUCUCAUAGGCUGUUUUGUAACCAGCUUAAUUGCAGCUUGUGUGUGUGUAUCUGUGUGUGUGUGUGUGUGAGAGAGAGAGAGAUUCACUAGUUAUACAUUAUUGUACAAAUAUGUUUCUUUGAGCCCUCCAGGUGUACAUAGUUGUUGAGUGAACACAGGUAAUAAAUGUUUCCUCAACCCUAACAACA